UGGAGACAACAAAAGAACCCCAUUUGCUUUUUACUCUAAUCUCCAUUUUCUCAUCUGCUACUUCCGUUUUCUCUCCCGGUUUCCUGUUUGUUUUCCGAGAAAAUUACCAUGGCUCCUAAGCCCAAAGACAAAGGAAAACCCUUACCGUCGCCGUCGCAGCCUCCGCCUGCAAUCGAAGAUCUUUUCACUACCCUGAACAAACAUAUCCAGCGAUCCGAUUACGAGCAAGCCGUCAAAGUCUCAGAUCAAGUUCUUAGUAUAUCUCCUGCCGAUGAGGACGCAAUUCGAUGCAAAGUUGUGGCAUUGAUAAAGGCUGAUAGCAUUGACGAUGCACUUUCAACGAUUCAGGCAGCUCAGAGAGUUCCUAUUGACUUCAGUUUUGUCAAGGCAUACUGUUUGUACAGACAGAACAAGUUGAAUGAAGCUUUGGAGUCCUUGAAAGGCCAAGAGAGAAAUACUGAAACCAUGCUGUUAGAAUCUCAGAUUCUCUUUCGCAUGGGAAAAAUGGAUGCUUGUGUUGAUAUCUAUCAAAAGCUUCAAAAAUCCAAGAUUGAUUCCUUAGAAAUUAACCUGGUUGCUGGUUUGAUUUUGGGUGGGAGAUCUUCUGAAGUGCAAGGGUUGAUGGAAGCACAGAGAAUUAAAGCAUCUAGCAGCUUUGAGUUGGCAUACAACACUGCUUGUUCUUUGAUCGAAAGAAAUAAGUAUAAAGAUGCAGAACAACUAUUGCUGACAGCCCGAAGGAUUGGUCAGGAAACAUUGAUGGAUGACAACUUGGCUGAGGAUGAUAUAGAGAUUGAAUUGGCUCCUAUAGCUGUCCAAUUGGCAUAUGUUCAGCAGCUGUUGGGACGCUCACAAGAGGCAAUGGAAGCUUAUACAGACAUUAUUAACCGGAAUCUGGCAGAUGAAUCAUCUUUUGCUGUGGCGAUCAACAAUCUUGUUUCUCUGAAAGGAACGAGAGAUGUUUCUGAUAACCUGAGGAAGCUUGAUCGGCUUAAAGAAAAAGAUGCACAGGGUUUCCAGCUUGCUCGUGGACUGGAGAAGCUUUCUCCAAAACAAAGAGAAACUAUAUAUGCUAAUCGGGUGCUUUUACUUCUCCAUGCGAAUAAGAUGGACCAGGCACGGGAAAUUGUUGCUGCAUUGACAGACAUGUUUGCUGACAGUGUGAUACCUGUGCUGCUUCAAUCUGCAGUCUUGAUCAAGGAGAAUAAGGCUGCUAGAGCUGAAGAAAUACUGGCACAAUUUGCUGAAAAGUUCCCUGAUAAAUCCAAGCUUGUUCUUCUUGCAAGGGCACAAGUUGCAGCUGCUGCCGGCCAUCCUCAAGUUGCAGCUGACUCCCUGGCUAAGAUACCUGAUAUCCAGCACAUGCCUGCCACAGUUGCCACCAUUGUGGCUCUUAAAGAGCGGGCUGGAGAUAUUGAUGGUGCAUCUUCAGUCCUUGAUUCUGCUAUCAAAUGGUGGUCAAAUGCCAUGGUUGAGGAUAACAAGCUGUAUCUUAUAAUGCAAGAAGCUGCUUCCUUCAAGAUCAGGCAUGGGCGAGAGGAAGAUGCUGCCCACCUGUAUGAGCAACUUGUUAAAAGCCAUGGUAGCAUAGAGGCAUUGGCUGGGCUGGUAAGAACAGUUGCUCGUGUGAAUGUUGACAAGGCAGAAGCUUAUGAGAAGCAACUGAAGCCUUUACCAGGUCUCAAAGGGAUUGAUGUGGAUAGUUUGGAGAAGACGUCUGGGGCAAAGCAUGUUGAAGGUUCUCAUGUGUUGGCUGCUGAAGUACAUGAAGAGGGCAAGAAAGAAAAACCAAAGAAAAAGAGAAAGAGAAAACCAAGGUACCCUAAAGGAUUUGACCCAGCAAAUCCAGGUCCUCCGCCAGAUCCAGAGAGGUGGCUUCCAAAGAGAGAAAGAUCCAGUUACAGGCCUAAGAGAAAGGAUAAGAGAGCAGCACAGGUAAGAGGAUCUCAGGGUGCUGUAGUUAGAGAGAAGCAUGAUGCUGGUGCUACUGCUACCAAUUCCAGCACCUCAAAUUCAAAAGCAAGCCAAGCUACAACUUCCAAGGGAACUACGGAACAAUCAAAGCCUUCAUCCAAGUCAUCAAGGAAGAAGUCCAGGAAUUAACUAGUAGACCUCCACUUUCAGCACUCUCUAAACCAAACCCAAUGUUCUCACCCCCGAAAACAAAGUAAUGGAAAAAAGCAAAUCCAAAAACAGAGAGAGAUAGAUUAAGGAAAUCCUGUAGUUUUUGAUAAAAAAGUUUUCAAAUUGUUUGUCAUCGUUUAUUUAGCUUUGAUGUUCAAGCUGAGAUUUUGGUGGUUUACUAUUGACGUGUCAGGUUUAAUUUGAUAAAUUGGAAUACUUAGGUGUUCUAUUUCUUUUUCAUGCCCAAGGAUCAGUAUCUUUUAUGAGAAGUUGCUCUAGCAUUAAUGCUUGUUUUCCA